ACAGAGUGUUUCGAAUCAGCAGCAGCAUCGCAAGCAAGCACACCCACCCACGCACAAACCUUGGUGGCUAGUCCAGGGCCGAUAUAAUUUCAUUCAGUUUUUUCCACAAUUUGAGAGGCGUUGAGGUCGGCGGGAAGCAAUCUACGUCAUAGCCUUCGGGAUCGUUGAAGACCACCACGCUAGGGCACCCCCUCAGGGUUGAACAAUCGCAGCCUGGAACCGGAACAGAGCAGACGAGAUCCGGACACUGGACACGGGAACUUUCUACGUUCAGUGAGUUCAUAGUGCAGAGAAGCAAUUUUUGCCUUGAUAGGACGAACACUUGAAGGAGAAAAGUUAUUGCGAUACUUACACACUUAUCUGUGAUAUCGUGGGUGACGUGAAUCGUGAAUUACCAGGCAGCUCCAUGAGUGUUUUAUUAUCUCUCGGGUCGAUUCGAUAGAGCCUUCCAUCUUCUCUCAGUGCCGUUCUCGCAGUUGCCGUCGAAGCUUAUCUAUCAUUACGCGGAGGAUCUCCUCCGAGGCAGAGGGUCUUGAGUUAGUCUUGAGCAGAUUUUUCUUCUGGAAAGUUCUAUUACCAGUGAAUUUUAGAUUUCAUUGCAUCGAAAAAAGAAAAAAAAAGCACCCAAUAGUGGCGGAGAAGUGAAGUAAGUGAUUUGGACGGGUGGGGGCCGUCCCUCUGUGGCAAAGUGACAGUGGCUGGCAGGCUGGAAAAGUGCAAGUUUCCAGCGAAGACGAUGGGAUUAAUGGAUUCCUGCUAGGCGUUCGCUAGCUUUUGCCUAGGAACGAACAACCUCACAAACGUAACCACACUUGAAGGGAGGAGAAAUCCUCGCAAAGUACGUCAAUCAGUCGCGAAUCCGCUGGUAUCUGAUUUCGGAAAUUGCAACAGUAUCAGUAGCGGCUCAGAUUAUUAGCUCUAGGUAGUGGAUACUACAGACGGCAAGUUCUCUUUUGGAUCGUACAACAACCUCGCAAGCAGCUCAGCUCUCGGUAGCUCAAAUUCGGAACCAGUUAGUAGUCCCCACCCACUUUCCUACCAAAUCCCCAACCUCCUUCGCCACUUCUUCCUCGAAUUUCCCAUAAGAGCGGAGGUCGGGUCACCGGAUCCCCCCCUCAGUUGCGAACCACCCACACGUGCCAUCGAGAGGGGAGCAGCAUAACUUUAAAGUGAUGUAAUAAAAGCACAAUGUCAAAUAUUGACAUAUCGACGACAGUAGCAUGGACAAAUACUUGCCAACAACUGGUACGACGACAUCUAACGGUGGUAGCGGUUCUGAUCCUGGCCAUCCUCGGAAGUAGCACCAAGGAGCUGGGCGUCUCGGCCGAGGGCAAUAUCGGUUGCCUCUUUGCCGAGACGCUCUGCAUGGAACAUCUGGAGUGGUGCUACGACGAUUUUGCAUUCGGAAAAUGUCUUCCACAAUAUGGACUGGAGCCGGAGGAACUCUUCCGGGAACCUUUGGAUGAGGAACAAUCUCGAUUUCUGGCGGUAAUGUUGGAGGACCUUCAAGGCGCAGGGCUAGGGUGGGAACAUCCCUUCACCCAAUGCCGGAUGCAAGGUGCUCUGUUUGCGAUGCGAACCAACUCGGAGAUACCUCGGAGUCUCUGCGCAAAUCUUGCCCCCGAUCCGGAAGUUCUCGAUCCCCAAAGUCCCCUAGCCUUCGUACGAUUUACUCCGCCCAACGAUGAAUACGCCGAUGAGGUGUAUUUCCCUCCAUUGAAGAAAUCCCAAGUUCCCAACUCCCGAUCAUCGAUCAACGAGAAACGCUUCUUCGUCUCCGCGAGGAAACCCGCUAAGAAAUCCUCACCUGAAUUCGAAGUCCUUGCUGAACCUCUAGUGCCGAUGUAUCCUAAAAAUCAUCACCAUCCACCGAUCGUGGAGGACAUGCAACCACUCCCGCUCCCUAUCAUCGACCGGCAAUCAGAAGAACGUGAAAGAAAUCGACUACGUGACAACCGGAAUCGAGCCGCAUUCAGACGCCUCGUAGAACAAUUCGAGUCCCGUUACCCUCGACCAGAGUCCUAUCCAAGUCCGGACGUCACAGAUUACCUGGACGACCAAGCUCCCAACGAGGUCGAACCGUUUCAAUUCAGAGUAAAACCUGAGGCCUCCUACAACGAGAAACGUGACCAUUCUCUCUUCAACGAUCAGAAACCGAUGGACGUCGAUGAGGAGAAGGCGCUGAAGAAGCUAGUCGAAAAGCUGACACCGAUUGACGUUCCGGAUUACACCUUCAUCAAUCAGAAGGCCUCCUCAUUCCGAGAAUACGCCAACAAGCAUCACAUCCCCAAGAUUUCGAACUUUGCCCCGGAGAACGUCAACAGCGUAGGGCACGGAAAGGACGCUUCCAAGUUGGACAAAUUCUACAAGAAGCCUCACCACCACCUGAACGAGUUGAACGAGAUCCCCAGUACCUUCCGCGAGGAUGCUCAGUUCGCUCCGUCGGAGGCCGGUCUCUACACCGAAGGUGGUUUCGUGUUCGUACCCAAACCUGGCACCUCCAAAGGCAAAACCGAGGCACGGGCCUUGCUGGACAACAUCCUUGGCUUCACCCGGCAUGAGCGGUUGGAUGUGAAGAAACCUGGACCACCGGCCGCUCCACCACCAUCUUCGCAAACGCCCAACGAACUGCCAAAGGAAGCUCUGCCCAUCGAAAAUGGGGACGAUACGGAUGCCAAGAAGCCCAAAUCCAAGAAGGAACUCCACCUGCACACGGACGAUGAUCACGCACCGCACUCGGUGGACACCGAGUAUGCCCAUGUCAACCUGAAGAAUCCAAUUGACAACUGGAAGGAUGGUGCACGGAUCGUGACCGCGUUGGCUGAGGUGCUUCAUCUGCAGGGUUACUUCACGCAUCCAAGAGUCGACCGCCACGAAGUAUCGUUCCGCGUCGAGUCCAACCCGGAGAAGAAAACCGCAGCGGACAUUGCCAAGCAGAUCAACAACGACAGCCGCGUCAAAAACAAUCUUCUGCGAAGGUACGGCGUUCUGGUAACGCAGGCCGGCGUCGGUGACAAGACCAAGGACAGCGGAGAUGGAGUUUCGUCGGAGCGACGCGUCGAGGAGGGACCCGAUGUAACGCACGUCAUGGCUUUCAUGUUUGCAGGAGCUGGUGCCGCUGCAAUCAUUGUGAUCGUGAUCACUUUAUUUCUCAUCAAGAAGCAUGAUAAAAAGAAGGACAAACUAGGUGGGCUACAGGCGGGACUCUCCGGAGCGGAUAGUUGCAGCAAAGACUACCAGGAUUUGUGCCGUGCGCGGAUGGCGGGCAAGGCGGGAAGUAACGACUCACCGGGUGGGCGAAUCACUUCGCUUGCGAAGGAAGCCGAGCGACCGCCGUCGUCUAGGUCUAGUACGUCUUCUUGGAGUGAAGAACCGGCGCUAACGAACAUGGACAUCUCUACCGGUCACAUGGUUCUGUCGUACAUGGAGGAUCAUUUGCGAAACAAAGGACGACUACAACGAGAGUGGGAGGCUCUUUGCCGAUAUGAGGCGGAACCUAAUGCACGGGAUGCUGCUUUGCAAAGUCAGUGUGCUCCGCUGAAUCGACCUGGUGCUCCGCUACCGUACGAUCACUCGCGAGUUGUACUGAACCACCUGGCCAACGCGGAAGGAAUGGACUACAUCAACGCUUCUACGAUUUUCUUUCCCUUCCAGACGGAUCACGACCCUCGUGCACCGGCUUACGUGGCUGCCCAAGGACCGAUGCAGUCCACCCUAGCGCACUUCUGGCAGAUGGUGUGGGAGCAGGGUGCCGUAGUACUCGUAGCUCUCUGCAGACUACAGGAGAAUGGUGAAGCGGCUUGCGCACGGUACUGGCCCGAGGAAGGUGCCGAGGUGUAUCACAUCUACGAGGUGCACCUGGUCAGCGAACACAUCUGGUGCGACGACUACCUGGUGCGGUCGUUCUACCUGAAGAACCUUCGAACCGGGGAAACGCGAACCGUGACGCAGUUCCACUUCCUGUCGUGGCCCCAGGGCGGUGUGCCCAUGUCGGCCAAGGCGCUGCUGGACUUCCGGCGGAAGGUGAACAAGUCGUACCGGGGACGGUCGUGCCCGAUCGUGGUUCACAGCAGUAAUGGCUCCGGCCGAACAGGAGCGUACAUCCUGCUGGAUCUGGUCUUGGGCCGCAUGAACAAGGGCGCUCGCGAGAUCGACAUAGCAGCCACGCUGGAGCACCUACGUGACCAGCGAGCUGGCCUGGUAGCCACCCGGCAGCAGUUCGAGUUCGUGUUGAUGGCCGUCGCCGAGGAAGUGCACGCAAUACUGAAGGCCUUACCGCAGAAUUCCAACGCCGGCAGCGGCGAGAAGCGACCCAACGAUCCAACGACGACCUCGACGACCAUAGCGGAAGGCAAGGAAUCGACGGCCCCGGCAAACGGUAAGGACCAGGAAGACAACGACGCCAAGAAAAAGGAUAGCAAACCGCAGGCGGAGAAGUAGAUAAAGUUAAGUUAAUUUUGUUUGAGAUUUUCUAGAUUUUUCUUAGGAUGAAAUGUGAAUAGUCUGUAGAAAAGCUUUCUGUUGUUUGAGGUUCGGUUUUUGCCCCCCAAAAACUCGUUGCUCAAAGUGAAAAAAAGUAUCCUUUGGUUUGUUCUGAACGAUUUGUUGGUUGAGUUGCUGUUGAAAAAUUGUUAGUUUUUAAUUUUUUGUUUGAAGAUUUUCAAGAUAGUUACAAACUUUGAAAUUUGAGUUGAGAUUAUACGAAUAUUUCAGUUGACGGAACCUGAAUCACACGAUACUGGAAAACCAAUGCAAACGUCUUAGGGAAUUUUGAAUGACACAAGAUGAAAACCAAACCAAACUAUAAGACAUAACCGUUAUUUAAUCGAUCCUUAUAAGAGUAAUGGAACAAAAAUGCAUAAAACAUAAUUAUUAUCUGUCAAUUUUGCUGACUAGUACUAGAGGAAAAAGAAUUGACAACACAUCCAAACCAACAAAUUUGAGGGUGGCGGGCUUUUCCCCGCUCAGUUUCCGGGAAAAGCCCGCCGCCUGGUAUUCAAAGUUUUUUCAAGCAUCUAUUGGGAAACAUUUAAGAAAACAAUUGACAAACCAACAAUUCACGAAGAUCAAAGUAGGCCGUCGUCAGCCGUACCGAUUUUAACAUCCGCCGCCAGCCAGCGCCCGCGGACGGUUUGACACGUGAGAUCCGGAAGUUACCAUCCUGGAAAAGAGAAAAAAAAGAAGCAAACAAUGAAAUCCUAAAACAAGAGUGUGUGUACACAAAUAUGCAUAGACAAAGAGAUACAAAGUAAGAUAUCAUCAUUUGAUUAGUUCUAUAAACUGUCAUACGAGACAACCAACAUAGUAACGCAACCUACUACAAAACACAAAACUCAUACAUAUGAAACAACAAAUAGCGCAAACAUUGACAUCUAACCACAUACCAAGUUCACAUAUGUACCUCUAAAGAGAAAUUUUUUAUGACAAAGAUGAAUUUUUAAAAUGACGUUAGCAAUGAAGAUAACCGAAUUGAAAAGUAUAUAUUUUGACGGGAAGGGGAGGCGGAAGGGCGGUAGAUAUCCAUAGUUUGUAAACUAUCACGCUUGGACGAAACAGAUCAGACGCAACCAGUACACAUCAUCCACAUACCUGCGUAGUAGGCCAUGACAUUCACAAUAGAAGAGCGCCAUCCGGUGGCAGAUUAGAGGAACUAAUGACAGAGCAGCUAUUAGAUUAGGGGAAAGAAAGAGAGUGAGGAGGAAGGGCGCUUUUGACGUUUUGCGAACUAUGUACACAAAACGAAGACGUUGGACAAAUUUGACAAAAUGUAUAUUUUUUGAUUCCGUAUUGGAUUUGACGACGCGCAAGGAAAAGAGAAGACUUCACACUUAUUUUUCAGUACUUGUCACGGCAGAAAGUUUAAGAAAUGUAGGCAAAUAUAAAGAAUCAAGCGAUUGUUCGAUGAAAAGGAUGAACGAUGAUAACCUUAAGUAGCUUUUAACGGUAAAAGAAAUGGCUCUUCACGCAUUUCGCAAAUAUUAAACAUAAAAAAGCAGAAAUAUAUUAGAGUUGUAAGACACGUAAAUUUACAGCUAAUGGUACAUUUUCGCACGUCUCCAACAGCAAGAUGUAUUAAUAUAUUAAUGAAUAUUGAAUAUUAAACAAAGUAUGAUGUAAACAUGCACGCAAACAUAACACAAAUAUAUAUUGGCUCAUACAUUCCUGUCAAUGUACCCUAAACUAUCCAGCCAGUUUAGGUUAAUUGACAGGAGCAGAACUUUUUAGCUAUUUUCCCUUUCAAAGAGUAAUUCAAUGGUUCGGCACACGGGUGGAGACAAAUUUUACGCCCUAACAUUCCAUCGUUUGUUUACAUUAUUUGUUUUCGGGGGCCAUACCGAAUGCUUAAUAACAAUCCAUCUCCUCCUCGCAAGAGCGAUGAAAUUUGUCUCGCACUCGUUGUCAGGAACCGAUCACAGCAGGCGCAACAAGAAGAUUAAAAAUAACUUUAAAUACAAAGAAAAGAAUGAAAACAUCCAAUCGAGGCAACUAUUUAUUUACACAUUUAAACUGUCAAACGAGUUAUGCAGAGACUGACAAAUGUCUACUUUUUGUACACCUGUUUGAUUUUUGCUACUAGACUAUUGUCCUGCUGUCCUGGACAGUGCAACUAUUGAUUUGAAUUCGACAAAAUGGAAAUACUGACAUUUGAUUUUUCGGAACUUUCACUAACCGGAACUUACCUUUCCUCUCAAAUUAUAAGGAAGAUACCUUACAAAAUAUUCUGUGUCACAUGUUUUAAAACCAAUCGAGGUGUAAAACUUUUUAAUUCCCUAUUCCUACUAGAUGUAUUAUAUAUAUAUAUAUAUAUACAAUACAGAGAGUAAUAUACAUAAAUAAAACAAAGAAAACGAUUAUAUACAAAGUUAUCCUAAUAACACAAAUCACACAAUGGGGCUUAUUCUUAUACAUUAAUCAUUGUUUAAUCAAAAGUAUCUUAUUAAAAUCACAAUCAGUUGACGGUGAAUAUUUGUUGUUUAGUAAUAUAUGCCACCCUGCGGUAGCGUUGGGAGGUUCCGGCGCAACGGUCAGCUGUCAAAUGGCAACCGCCUAACUGGCAACCCUGUCAACGCAACUGUCAGAGUGUGCUAUUGCUGUGAGAAGUGAAACAUUGAAGGUGUUGAACAAAAUUUUAACCAGAAAAUAUAACCAAAACCUAACCGCAUAGGGCAAUGGUCGGAAAUUUAUAGACACUCUAUAUAUUAUGUGGAGAAAACAAGCAAAGAUAAAUAUUCAUAUAUUCUUGUGUAUAAAUGUCCACACAAAAUAAAAUAAACUAAUCUUAUCAGACAACCAAGAGCAGCAGACGAAGCGCAGAACCGGCCAUGAAGUAAAGUGUAUAUCAGCCAGUCCCGUGAGGAUAAAUGUGCGAAAUGUGCUUGUUACUAAUGGACUAAGUAUGAAAUUUUAUGUACUAUUCAAAUUAUGAUCCACACACAGAGAAAACCCCUUUACCAUUCGAACAAAGAAUAAAGAACACGAAGAGAGAAAUAUUUGACAUUUUCAUUUAUCUUGGCAUACCAGUUCCACCACACAUCAGUCCCCACUCUAUUCCUCUCAGCUUAUCUCUGAUACAAUAAAACGAAACAAUGGCAACGCAACAAAGGACUAACGAUAUGAACCAAAGGCAAAACGGAAUCGAACGAACUGCAUUCGUGUAGGAAAAAAUCACAAACAUUAAUAUUGAUCACACAAAUACCGCUCUCUUUCAUAAAGUUUACAAUGUUUCUAUUCCAAAAAAAAAUCUAUUACAAACAAGAAGCCACCCACUGAAGAUUUAGAGCAGAAAUUUCGCCAGCAUGUCAGCAAGGAAAACCAACCCUAAAUUAGCACCGGAGAAGAGGCAAGACACUAAAAAAAUAAAUAUCAAACUUUGAACUUAAUCUCGUCACAGAAUUGCGGGCAGCACUGGCAACACUGAAGGGUGUGCAGCAAAAUAUGUAAAAUGAAACAAAAAAAAUCUAAUCUGUCCUCUGUUGUGUAUUGGCAUCAUUAUACAAAUUAUACAAAAGUGAACCCAUCAUAAUAAAUUAGCAGCAAAUAAAGAAAUCCCCAAUGGAUUAUGAGUCAUAAACUGCAUUGAAAACAAUUAACACGUACAUGUGAUUCUCUUUAAUCUGAUUUGAACAAAAAAAUAAUAAUUCUU